AUCAGCCUAUUAUUAUUAAUAAUUAGGGUUAUUGCUUAUUUCUCUCUAUUCAUUUAUUUAGUUUAAAAUUAUUUUCUCCUCAUUAAUUGCAGUGCUACCACACUGCCAAUGAGGACACCUUUAAAACUAAAGCUCAAUCACUAAUGACUAAUGCUCCUUUAUAACAAAUGAAUGGAAUCUACUGACAGUGUCCUUAUUAAAGAGACUAUGCUGUAUCUUUGUCAGCAUUGUUUGUCACUCCAAAAACAAACCUGUGUAUUAAUUCAAUUAUUCAUUUUUGCCGUUGCUGAUCAUGUUAGUUCCAUUAUGUGCUGUAUUUCCAAGGCUAUCUUACACAAUCUUUCCUUACACUAUGUGCCAUGAUAACUGUCAUUGAGCUUAUAAGGACUCUCUACUACACAUCACUCACCAAUGGCUGCUCUUUUGCUGAAGGUCUUUCUUUUUUGUCUCUUUCUCCUCUCACUCUCUCUUGCUGAGAAUGAUCAGCUAUUGGAUAUUGAUGACUGCAUUGAUGGGCAAUAUUCCAACUAUUCCUCACUUUGCUCUACUAACAAUGACUCAUCAUUCCUGUCCAGCAGUGGACUCUCAUUAAACACUGACUGCUUCUCCUGCCACUCGCUGUGUGAGAGCUGCUAUGGACCCCAUUCAAAUCACUGUUACGCCUGUACAGAGUAUUAUGCGCUCCUUGUUCCAGGGCUAGGAGGGAGAGGAGAUCUUGUCUGUGAUCCUAAUGGCUACUUGAGAAACUCUUCCCUCAAUACAUUAAACUGUGUAUCUGAGUGUCCCACUGGAUCAACAGCAGAUAAUGAUACAGCUCAAUGCAUUUGUGAUCGAGGGUAUUUCCAGAAUGGAUCUGUAUGUAGCAACUGUACUAGUUUUUGCAGUGAAUGCGUCAAUGGAACAAGUUCUGGUUGCUUAGUGUGUUCCUAUGCUGUUUAUCAGGGAGUCUGUGUGGGUUCUUGCCCUCAAGGCACUUCCAACAUGAAUGGGGAAUGUCUUCCAGGAAGUUCUAGAUUUUCUUUGAGUGUUUCUGAAAUAAUAGCAAUAGUGGUUGGAGGAAGUGGUGCUUUAAUUUUGAUAAUAGUUGUUAUAAUUUUGAUCAUGCUCUGUUGUAUUUGGAGGAUAAGAAAGAAAAAGAAUGAAUAUUAUCGUUAUCCUAAAAAGGCGUCUGUGGUCAUUUCAGAAUCAUUUAAACAAAUUUCCUUUAAAAGAAGAAAAAAAGAUAAUAUUCUGCAAACUAACGAUUCUUCAGCUUACCUCCACUCAAUGCGUGACAGUUACGAUCCUCACGUAACCAGAACUGCCACCAUUAAUGAAUCUGACAUUGAUACCCCUGGCUCGCUAAGAAGAGGAGGUCCCAACAAAGAGAGUGUUUAUGUCAAAAUGAGUCCAGCGACGUCCCUAGAGGUACUAAACAGGGAAACACCCAGUCAUCAGCACAAGAGAGUCGUGGGUCCUUCUCUAUCGUACCAGCCUCCAAGUAACAGGAGACAGUACGAACCCCCACGGGAUCAGUGGAGGAACUCUGACCCACAGCAGGAAUGCUACGAGGACAUGACCUGGGGCUCUCAAGUUAAUGUUGCUGGAGGGGGAGGAGAAGAUGAUGAACAGGAUAUGUAUGAGGACUUAUCUGGUAAUUACCCGAUUGUUCCACCUAGAGGGGUACUCCCUGCUGUUGCACCUCAUCCUCCUGUCGUGAGAGAUAAGAGAAAAGAAACGCUUGAUAAUCAAUAUGUGAAGAUGACAAAGCAAGGAAGACAAGGGCUCCACAGAUCCAUUGAUAAUGUACUGAUGGCUGAUCAUAGUUAUGUUAACGUCUGUCGAGAUGAUCAGCACAGAUUAAGAGCUAUCACUUCACCACACAUGACAGGGAGAGGAGGAGUAGGAGGAGAAGAAGAUGAACAAGAAGAAUAUGUUGAAGUAAUGCACAGUACCUCGCAAAUGGAGGAAGAGGAUAUCUACGAUAAUUAGAGACAAUUAUUAUUUAAAAUCAUUAUUAUUUUUAUUAUUAUCUUUUGUCUGUCUGUUGGUGUUGUGAGUGUGUAGGAGAUUAUUGCAGUUAUUUUAGUUAUAGUGACCCUUUCCUUAUAAAUAUCACAUGCUGUUUCAGCAUAUUUUCAAUGCUAUUUUUGCAAGA